AUGCUAUCGUGCCUCAAUUCAUGCUACGCGGAGCCUGAGGAGAAGGUGGAGAAGGUCAAGCAUGUCAGGAUUCAAGUGAUGGCUCCAGCUCCAGAGGUCUCAGUGCGCAUUGUCACUAGUGAUGACAAAAAGACGACUGUCUUUGCCAUCAAUGUCAACUCGGGUCCCUCCAUGCAAAAGCGUUUCGCAGACUUCGAACGACUGUAUGAAAAGAAGCGAAAGCAAUGGAUCACCGCUUUUACGCAGUCGCUGCUCACCGGGUCAUCGGCAAAUCGAGAAGAUGUGAAAGAGUUCUUCUCGCUGGCCCAAGUAUUUGACACUGAUGAGGAGCACAUAAAUUUGGGCUCGACCGAAAGCAAGAGGACAAGCCCGCAGGACUUUCAGUAUCUACGAGAAGUCGGCAAGGGCAGUUUCGGCCGGGUGUUUGUGGUCCGGCACAAGGUUGAUAACAAAAUCUAUGCGAUGAAGGUUCUAUCAAAAGAACAAAUUCGGCGUAAGAACGAGGUGAAACAUGUAAUGGCUGAGCGGAACGUCUUGAAAGAAAAUAUUCACCAUCCAUUCCUUGUGGCUCUCCGCUACAGCUUCCAGAACAAGGACAAGCUCUAUUUCGUGUUGGAUUACCUAAAUGGUGGAGAGCUCUUCUCCCAUUUACAACGCGAAAAACACUUCAGCGAAAGUCGGUCAAGAUUUUACGCAGCAAACAUCGCAUCGGCUCUGGGCGACCUUAAACCGGAAAAUCUGCUUUUGGACAAAUUCGGCUACGUCGUGCUGACGGAUUUUGGAUUAUGCAAGGAGGGAAUCAAAAGCAAGGACACGACCGCGACAUUUUGUGGAACCCCAGAGUACUUGGCACCGGAGAUUAUACAGAAGAAACCAUACGACCGGACGGUGGAUUGGUGGUGCCUUGGUGCAGUGCUAUUCGAGAUGCUCUACGGACUUCCCCCAUUCUACAGCAAAAACCACUCUGAAAUGUACGAAAGGAUCGUCAGUCAACCGCUGCGAAUGAAAACAUCGAUAUCUCCGGCCAGUUCGGAUAUCAUCACCAAGCUUCUGCAAAAGGAUCGUAAACACCGUCUAGGCGCCGUAAACGACUUCAAGGAAAUCCGAGAUCAUCCUUUCUUUUUGCCGAUUGAAUGGGAUAAGCUGCUCGCUAGAGAAGUGCGGGCGCCAUUCGUUCCGAGGGUGAAGAGCGACAGUGAUUGGGCCAACUUCGCACCUGAAUUCACUCAACAACCCUUCAAUGUCGGUUCACUGGCGCCACAGAGUCACGGGCAACCCCACCUCGAUCGCGAUUUCGUUGACUUCACCUAUGUGCAGCCGAGGAUGACGCGAGAGAGCAUGGAAGAA